AGUCUGUCGCAGUGGGCGUCCUGUCGCAGUCUCGCAGUCGCAAGACGGCCAAUCAGCGCCGCCUGGCUGCGUGCGCAUAGUCGCGAGACUCUGCGUCAGUCGCGCUCGACGCCGCUGCGGUGCUGUGCGUUUUUUUCGUCGCACACAGUCGCAAUGUCGUACAUACACCCAACCGAUUUGAUAGAGGAAGUGAAAAAGAGACCGGGCUUAUACAACACUGAUCAGCAACCUGAUAGGGAAGAGAAGUUGGCGAUGUGGAAGGAAAUAGGCACUGCGAUUUAUCAAGAUUGGGACUCGUUGAAUAAGGCGUCUGCGUACGACAGAGUGCUCCAGCUGCAAAGAAAAUGGCGGUCAUUGCGGGACGCGUACAACCGGGAGCUGAGGGCGCGGAGGACCGGUAUACGGGUGAACAGGCGGGUGUACAAAUACUUCAAGAAGAUGAGCUUCCUCGGCGGGUUCACUGGGAAUUUGAGCGAAGAGGAUGAAACAAACGACAAUCAACGGGAUUUCGAGGAUGACCACGCACACUCAGACGACCAGGACAUUGUGGACAAGAAGAAGAAGAUCAAAGUGGAGAAGACACGUAAAAAGAAACGCACCCGACGACCGUCCGUCCAAAUACCGCCUCCGGAAGAAUUAGAAAUACCUAUGUUCCCUGUGGAGGUCAACAAUGAUGACAGUGACAGUGAUAAGUUGUUCCUCCUGUCUUUCCUCCCGGAAAUGAGACAAUUGCCGUUGAAUAUCAAGAUGUGGGUGAGGGCCCAAGUGGCCAAUGUGAUGCAGGAGGCUGUAGCCUGCCAUUAUAACAACACGCAGCCUGGAACGGCCGAGAGGAACGGACUGGACGGUUUGAGGCAUGACAGUGAUUAGUAGUGUUUUUAUAGAUUUCGGUUAUUAAGUUUGAAAUUUUAUAAAAUUAUGGACAAUUUGUCCGUGAUUUUCAUGCAAAUGUAUGCCUUAAGAUAAAUUGAGUGUUGGACAAGAGGAUUUCCUGAAAUAUUAAGAUAUGUCAGUAUGGGUAUUUUUAUCGUUGGCGGUUUUUAUUUAUCAUCUGUGAAAAUUAGUAUAAAUGGAUCUUAGGUAGGUAGGUAUUAACAUUGCUUUUUGUUAAUUCGUAAUAAAUAUUUGUUGUUCAAAAGAAUAAUUAAUAUACUUAGUCAGAUUUCUUCUGCCUACGGGCACCCAAAAUUAAGAAAUUUAUCUUGUUUAUAGAUAAUAUACAUUAAAGUAUCGUUAUUUACCUGUCACGGGUAGACAGAGCCGGCAGUCUCAAAAUAAGCCUAAAAGGCAGUUCUUGGGAGGAUGUCAAAUAGAAAAUUGCAAUCAUUUUCCACAGAUGAAACAGAGUUAUCGUAUUAAAGAACAUUAUUCAUGUUG